AUGGCUCUUAACGAAAGCCUAGAGAAAGUCGACGUCCGCACCCUUCGCGACCCCAUUCACGAUCACAUUACCCUUUCAAAGAGACUAUGCCAGUUCAUUGAUACACGUCAAUUUCAACGCCUCCGUGCCAUCAAGCAGCUCGGGACUUCGUACUACGUUUGGCCGGGUGGAUGUCACAACAGGUUCGAACAUUGCAUUGGAGUCUCGCAUUUGGCACGGAAAGUCGCGUCGAUUUUGCAGGAGAAGCAGCCCGAACUUCACAUAACGGACCGAGAUGUUGAAUGCGUAGAAAUCGCGGGGUUAUGCCAUGACCUUGGACAUGGGCCGUGGAGUCACGUCUGGGACGGCAUGUUCAUCCCCGUCGCUCGCCCCGGAACAGCGUGGACCCAUGAACAAGGUUCAGAAAUGAUGCUCAACGCGCUCAUCGAAGAGAACCAUAUCGAUGUGAAGAAGGACGAUCUCGAUUUCAUCAAGGCGCUGAUUGCUGGCGACCCAAAGAAGUGCCGACCCAAUGAGAAGCCGUUUCUCUUCGAUAUCGUGGCGAACAAACGCAACGGGCUCGAUGUAGACAAGUUCGACUACAUUCGUCGCGAUUCGCAUAUGAUCGGUGAUCAGGGCAACAUCUCCCUACAACGCCUUCUAGGAUCCGCGCGAGUCAUACAAAAUCAGAUAUGCUACAACAUCAAGGACGCAAACCAGAUCUUUGAGAUAUGUGCCACUCGCUUUCGCCUGCACAAGACUAUAUACAACCACAAGACCGCCAAAGCCAUUGAGUACAUGAUCAUUGAUGGACUACUUGCUGCGGACCCGUUCAUGAAGAUCGCCGACAGGGUGUUCGACGCCAAGAAGAUGGUCCAUCUUACCGACAAUAUUAGGGCUGAGAUCGAGCAGAGUGAAGACCCUGAACUUGCACCAGCGCGGGCCAUAUUCAACAGGAUUAUCACCCGUGACCUCUAUCGGUGCGCUGAAUGGAAGACAAUCUCAUGGCAUGACCAUGGUUUCUUCACGAACAACGUCACGCCCGAACGGAUCGUGGCAGAAGCAAAGAAGAUGCCUCGUGAUCAGCUUCACGGUGACCAAGAGAUGAUGGACGCCCUUGCCACGCUUGCGCCCCAGCACAUCAUUGUUGACUUUUCGCCGAUGCACUACGGCAUGAAGGAGAAGAAUCCCAUGGAGAACGUGAGGUUUUAUUCGAAGAGGGAACCAAAUACAGAGUGUGCUAAAGCCGAACACGGGGACUACUCAACACUCAUGCCCGCCGUCUUCGGCGAGGUGCUUAUGCGCGUCUACGUCAAAGACGACAUCUUCUACAGCCUCGCUCAAAUCGGGUACCGCGCCGUUAUUAAGAAUAUCAACCCCGAUGCGGAUGCAGACCUAACCAGUGAGGCGGAAACGGUCUUGGGCGAUGGCGAAGGAGAGCCCCAGAGAUCCGCAACAACCACACCACCUCGCACACCGAAACGUAGCCCAUGCCAGACGACUAGCAUGGCUUCCAUAGUCUCGACCGCGACCGCACAUAGCAGCAAAGCAAUCUCCUCAAUUUCGUAUAACAAGUUUGCUACCGUGCCGGUUGGUUAUACGCCCACUGGCAAGACAAGGAAAGGUCGUGAUUUGUCGGCGGGGAGCCUUAGCGGGAUGAGCGCCAUCAAGGAGUCAGAAGAACUAGAAGAGGGGGAGAAGGCGAGGGGUGCAGGUGGUGUUGGUCUUUCGGCUGCUCCAGAGAUCAAGGAACGGUCCAUCAAUGUCAUGAGCAAGCCCUCUGUCGAUGCAGAAAGCUCAAAAGAUAUUGACAUGUCUACGGCCCAGGCCGACGACGAUGGGGGUGGAACACCGAAAGCAACCCCCACUCGUCGCUCCACGAGGGGUACGAAAAGACGAAAUGAUAGCUCAACGAAGGAGUCUGAGACAAGUGGUGGAAGUAAUAAGAGAGCAAAGAAGUCCGGGAGUCGCAAGUAG